AUGAGGGAUAAGGAGAGAUUCGUCAAUGCCCAAUGGGGCGAGAGGGGAUUAACGAAAGCUGAUACCAGCACACUGCCGAAGCCAGAGUAUAAUAGUAAUGGGGCCGAGAGAUUAUAUUGUCCAGCGAACGCUUACGUCGGGAAUCAACCGGUCAAUCGACACGACAGUUCUCUGCGGCUGAGACAACUGAGAUCCGAGAUGGUGCGGGUGGCAGCGGUUCAAGGGCCACCUCUCGAUGGCUACAUCGUCACGUCGGACGACGAGCAUCAAACAGUGAGCUUCGUUUCUCAAGGCCGUGACGGCCCUCUAGAGAGCGAGGCCGUGGAUCCACGCGAUAUGAGGAGAGAAUUUCUCACUGGAUUCUAUGGAAGUGCUGGAGAGGCUCUAGUCACUGUUGAUAAGGCAAUACUUUGGACUGAUGGUCGAUACCAUGUUCAAGCAAACCAUCAGCUGGAUUGCAAUUGGAUUUUAAUGAAGCGAGGUGAACGCGAUGUACCAACGAUAACAGAAUGGUUGAUACAAGAGUUCCAAAAUCGCUCGGAAGUACGUAUUGGUGCCAAUCCGAAAUUAAUAUCCGCAUUUACGUGGGAGAUAUGGGAGAACGAACUGGCGAAUUCGUCCGUAAGAUUGGUCGCAGUCCGUAACGACCUGGUGGACUUGAUCUGGCAGGUGGGCCGGCCUGAGUACAAUCCGCACGCGGCGUAUCCGCUGGCGGACGAGUACUCCGGCAAACCAUGGCAGGAGAAAGUCCAGAGUAUCCGGCUGAAAAUGGAGUUCUCGUCGGCCGACGCGCUCAUCGUCACCGCCCUGGACGAGCUAGCGUGGCUCUUCAACGUCCGCGGCUACGAUCUACCUCACACGCCCGUUCUCCGGGCCUACGCGAUCGUCACCCACGGCUCCCUGCACCUCUACACGCCGCGUCAUAAGAUCAUGCGGUCCGUCGACAUACAUCUGAAGAUCGACUCCUGCUCCCAUGCGAACUGCGUCAAAUGGCACAAUUACACAGACAUUUGGUACGACUUAAAAACCAUGUCUCAGGUCUGGAAUACAGUUUGGCUCCCGUCGCCUUGCGGCUACUCGCCGGGCGCGUCCAAAGAAAUAUACAAUUCCAUUCCACCGGAGAAGAGAUUGGCUCAGGCCUCGCCUAUAAUCGAUUUAAGAGCGGAGAAAAACAAAGUCGAAGCGGCAGGUAUGAGAAGAUCUCAUCUGCGAGAUGCGAUCGCCAUGUGCGACUUCCUGGCUUACAUGGAAGAGCAGUACAAGCUGGACUCCGAGGGAUGGGACGAGAUGCAGGUGGCGAGGGUGAUCAAUGAGAUUCGUUACGAGCAAAGUGACAAUAGGGGCAUCGCUUUCCCGACGAUCGCGGGAUACGGACCGCACGCGGCUAUGCCGCAUUACGAGCCGAAUAACUUGACGAACAUAAAAAUCGGAACCACGUCCACACUAAUGAUCGACUCCGGAGGACAAUACCUGGAUGGUACCACAGACGUAACCCGAACUCUUCACUUCGGAGUGCCGACCGACGAGCAGAGAAAAGCCUACACGAGAGUACUGGUCGGUUCGAUUGAAUUGUCAUCUUUGAUCUUUCCCAGUGAUCUGACGGUAGACCAGCUGGACGUUAUUGCGCGCAGGCCGCUGUGGAGCACCGGUUACAAUUACAUGCACGGGACUGGCCACGGAAUCGGUCACUUCUCAUCAGUCCACGAAUCGCCUAUCGGCUUGUCGUAUUACGGGUGCAAAAAUUCAAUCGCGGGAUGCUCCGCCAACCUGAAGCCGGGAUUCUUUCUCUCAAACGAACCGGGAUAUUACAAAGAGGACGACUUCGGAGUUCGUUUGGAGAAUAUCAUCGAAGUAAUUCCAGCCGACAAAUUGGUACAUCUUGAUACAUUCUUAUCUGUAUCUCUCUAAAAGUCAAUCAGUGGAUUGUCACUGAAAACCGUGAAUAUUCACUGACUCGCAGUUA